GUCCAUCAGAGUCAAACUGGUUGGUCUCCUGUCUUCGUCUCGGACAAUCUGUCUGUCAUGUCUGUCGGAUUCCUUUUGCCUGGUCCUGAUCAUCCUGUGAUUUGGCGUGGACCACGAAAGAAUGUACUCAUCAAACAGCUGUUGACUGAAGUUUGUUGGACUGAUGAUGUGGAGGACAGCGGGGAUUCGAUGGAGGAGUUGGAUUUCCUGCUGAUCGAUACACCUCCUGGAACAUCAGAUGAACACCUCUCGGCCGUACAAUAUCUUCAGGCUGCAAAUUGUCUUGACGGUGCGGUAAUUGUGACCACUCCACAGGAGGUCGCGUUGAGUGAUGUUCGAAAGGAAAUCAACUUCUGUCACAAAUUAUCCAUCCCGAUUUUGGGCGUGGUAGAAAACAUGACGGAGUUUAUUUGUCCCAGCUGCGGUCACUCGGGUCCCGUAUUCCCGCCAACAACUGGCGGUGCAGCAUCCCUGUGCUCCAAAAACCCGAAUACAACGAACAAUGAGAACAGAAUUUCAACAGAUGACAAUGGAGAUUUAUUCUUGCUCGGUCGAUUACCACUUGAUCCGCGAUUAGCCCGAGCGUUAGAUGAGGGUCUUUGCCCAUUCGAGCUGGCUGAUUCGAACGCCCUCCUGGAAAAAGACGUAGAUCAAGGUAAAGGCACAGAAAAUAACUUACGAUCAUCAGACGCCGUCCUGGUUGCCUAUAAUCAGUUUAUCGACCGUCUUUUGGAUCGGCUAACACUAUUGGGAAAAUAUCCCACACGUGAUGCAGAAACCGGAGAAACACAAAUGGCAUCCUAA